AUGAAUGUAAUAAGAGAGAUUCAAAGUAUAAAUAAAAGGGAAUUGGAGAGAGGUGUCUCUGAUAAAGCAUCUUGGCAUCAAGAUUAUGCACAUAGUCCGUGGGUGUAUGUUGGUGGAAUGCCCUUUGAGAUGAACGAAGGUGAUAUCAUCGCUGUCAUGAGUCAGUACGGUGAGAUCGAAGAUUGCAACAUGGUGCGAAACAAAGAGACCGGUAAAUCACAGGGUUUCUGUUUCAUCAAAUAUGAAGAUCAGAGAUCGACCAACUUGGCCGUAGAUAAUCUCACCGGUUACAAUAUCAUGGGUAGAUUACUUAGAGUGGAUCAUGUAAAAGAUUAUCGUCGUCCGAAAAAGAAGAAUGAUGAUAGUGAUAGUGAUGAUCAUAAAGAUAAUAAUAAUAAUAACAAUGAAACAGAUACAGAGAGUGAUUAUGAAAGUGAUAGUGAUACUGACGAUAAAAAGAGAAAGAGAAAAGAAGAAAGAAAAAGAAAGAAAGAGAAAUCAGAGAGAAAGGCUGCAAAACGUUUGAAAAAAGAAGAAAAGAAGCAGAGAAAAGAAGCAGAGAAAUAUAAAGAUAAAGAAAAAGAGAAAGAUCAUGAUAUUAAGCAAGAAACCAAUGAUCAUUCUCGAGAUAAUAAUAAUAAUAAUAAUGACAAUAAUAUUCAUAAAGAUGAUAGAACUCAGAGUAGUAAAGAUAAAGAAAAUCAAAUGAGAGAUCAUCACGACAAUCAUCGAGAUAGAGACCGAGACAAUGAAAGAGAAAGAGAAAGAGAAAAAGAAAAAGAUAGAGAAAGUGACAGAAACAAAGAAAGAGAUAGAGAAAGAGAUAGAGAAAGAGAUAGAGAAAGAGACAGAGAUAGAGACUAUAGGGAUAGAGACAGAGAUAGAGAUAGAAACUCUAGAGAUAGGGAUAGGGAUAGGGACUACAGAGACAGAGACAGAGAUAGAGACAGAUAUAGAGAGGACCGUGAUAGAUAUAGAGAUCGUGACAGAUACACAAAUGAUAGAGAUAGAGAUAGAUCUAAUCAAUAUAGCAGUGGCAGUAGGAGAUAA